CACAUUAUAAACACACACGUGGGAUGUGGUUUCGGUUUGUCUAACGAGCUCGUCUAACACAAGUGAUUGUCUGUGUAACACAGUUAGUUUUCUUUAACCAAACUAAUGUCGUUCAAAUAAGUUUCUCAUUUAUUUGAGUAAUCCAUUUUAGUACUUUGCAGGUGCCAAGCAACUACAUUAUUUUGGUCUGCAGAUCGAGUUCAACAGGCUUCCAUAUAGUUUUGGUCUUCACAAUGAUAUUUGUGUCAAGAUGAAUAUAUUCUAAGUAAAUCAGAAGGGAAGAGGUUGUAUAAGCUACAAGACUACAAUGAAGUUUGUUGUGAACAGUGUAAAGAGUGGAGGCUGUCGCCUGGGUGUGAUGUCAGAUUUUGGGUUACAUGGUAAAAAGAUUGUUGAGACCCCUAUGUGUAUGCUCUACACUAGGAGAGGCAGUGCCCCUCACUUGACAGCAGACAUGCUGAAGAAAAUCCAGUGGUUACCUCCCAUGGCACAGAUGUCUGUCACCAACAUGAUAGAGCAUCAUGAGGCCAUAGAGGCUUACAAGCAAGGAAUCGGGAAAUUUGCAAAUAUGAAGGAUUAUAUUGUAUACACUGCCCUCCAUGAUCCCGCUACAGAGGUAAUGUCAGGGCAGAAUGACACAGCGACUGUGGGUGUGUGGUCAAAGUCAGGCAAGGUCAGACUGGAUGUGGAGAUGUUUGUGAAGGUACAAGAAGCAUUCAAGCCCGACAUGUACCAGGCCCUCAGCGACGGGGACACAGAUCUCAAAGCGGGAAAGAAGAGGACAAACAAGUCGGUGACAAGGACGCUGACUUACCUGGACGAUAUACUCGAGAGGCUGCCGAAAUCUCAGGUACUGAAGGAUGCAGCCAUAUUUGGCGUGAUCGAGGGAGGUAACUCUGAAUUCGAGAGAUGUCGUUCAGCCAGGGAAACUGCAUCUAGAGAUGUGGCAGGAUUUGUAAUUGAAGGAUUCCAUAACCAGGGACCACAGACAGAGCUUUUCAAAAUAUCCGAUAUCAGAGAUAUUUUUAAGACGACAUUGGAAUGUCUUCCCGAGGAAAAACCACGACUGAUGCAUGGAGCGUUCCCACCAGAUCAAGUCCUGGAGGCACUAGAGUUGGGUCUGGAUGUGUUCGACAGUUCCUAUCCGUACCACGUAACAGAGAGAGGCGGUGCACUGGUGUUCGACUUUGUCCACAUAGCUGACCCAGAGGAUAUGGACGGGAACAAGGCUGUACAAAAAGGAUGGGAAAUAGAUCUUAAUGAUAAAAAAUAUUUUGAAGACUUUGGUCCUUUAAUAGAAGACUGCUCUUGCUAUACCUGUAAAAACUUCUCCCGAGCCUAUAUCAACCAUCUGAGGAACACCUCAGAACUACUGGGGUCUGUGUUACUGAUGAUACACAACUUCCAGCACUACUUCAACUAUUUUGAGGCCAUCCGGAGAGCUCUGGCGGAAGAUAAAUACGAACAAUUGAAAACUCAUAUAACGAAACAGAAAGUCUGCAACAACAGUUGAUAGUAGGCAUCUGAACAUCAUAAUGAACUCAUCGAGUCAGAGACAUGGGAAGACUGUACAUCUAUUCUGUAUAUUUGGUCUACAACAUGUCAAGCUGUUUUAUGUGUUGCCUAUAAGCCUUACUGGAUAACUUUUCUGUCCCACAAAUUUAUCAGAUAAUAUCCUCUGAAUGAUAAUUGAUUAUCAACCUAUUUUAAUAAUUCAACUUAAAUUUAAAAAAAUAAAAAAUAAAUAAAAAUGAAAUGUACAUGUUAAGACAGCUAUGAUGUACGUAAACUGUAUUUAAGUUAGGAGAGGGCUUAAUUAAGUUGUAAGAACUUGUGCCCAAUCCUUUUUGUCAUUUUCAAGGCAAUAAAAAUAUGUUUAAACUAA